AGGUGGCAAUGCCCGGUUCUCAAGGCAGGCCCCCACCCCUCCGAGCCCCGCCGAUGGCCGCCGAGACGGUGGACCUCUCUAGCGACGACGCCACCGCGGCCCAGCUGAACCGCAACUACGCGGCGCGCGACCACGUGGACCGGGGGAACGAGGGCCCGAGCUGGCUGAUCGCCCUCGGGGACUGGACGUCUGGGGGCGAGCUGUGGGUCGAGGACUCCUCGGGCGACGAGGAG